AUGGGGAAUUGCUGCUCCUCCGAGGCCUCGGCCGUCGUGGCGAGACGCUCAGGCGCUGACAAGGAUGAGGUGCAUGCCGUGCCCUUUGCCGCUCUUCCUUCGCCGGACAAAUAUGCCGAAACGGUGGACACGGAACCGCGUAUCAAGGAUGAGGAACCGGCGUCUUCGCCCUCUCCAUCGUCGCCUUCGUCACCGUCCCAGGCGCCCGAGGAGCCCGAGGACGACUUUGUACCAGUACACAGACCCAGUAACAAGCACCUGGAGAACACACACCACGUCAAGAUCGGAGACUACAAUCUUCGUUACUCGUACUACUCGAAACGCGGUUAUUAUCCUGAAGCACGAAAAAAAGCGAACCAGGACAGCUACUACUGCGAGACGCACUUCGCUGGAGACGACCAGAAGGCCUUUUUCGCGGUCUUUGACGGCCACGGUCAAUAUGGAGACAUUUGCUCGCAGUUUGCAGCCGACCAAUUGCCCGAGAAUAUUAUCAAGAACCUGGACGAGAAUAUGAGCAUCCUACCGGCCCUCACAAGAGCCCAUGUGCAGACCAAUCGAGCCAUGCACGAGGCCAGUUUCGACGACUCGAUGAGUGGCACCACAUCCAUCUCCGUUCUCUUCUGUGGCAACGAGAUCCACGUCUCGAACGUCGGAGAUUCACGAGCGAUUGUCGCCCAGGAGAACUUGAAGGCUUCGACACGAGAAGGCGAGGCCAACCUCGUGGCCAAGCCGCUGUCGAUCGACCAGACGCCCUUCCGAAAGGACGAGAGAGUGAGAGUGAAAAAGUGUGGAGCUCGCAUCUUAACCGUGGACCAAGUCGAAGGCCUCGAGCCUAUUCACGAGAACUGGGGGCUCUCGCUCGGUGACGAGAUUGACGAGAACGGCGACCCUCCUCGGAUCUGGCAUCCUUAUGGACAGUACCCCGGCACUGCAUUCACGCGCAGCAUCGGAGAUUUGGUGUCGGAGGAGUUGGGUGUGACAGCUGAGCCGGAGAUCCUGUGCAAGGGCUUGAACCCGCACGAUAAGUUCAUCAUCAUCGCGAGUGACGGCGUCUUCGAGUUCCUCACAAGUCAGAACGUCGUGGACAUUGUCAAGCAGUACGAGAACCCGUCCGAGGCGUGUCAUGCUCUCGUUGAAGAGGCGUACAACCGCUGGCUGCAGUUUGAAGUGCGUACUGACGACAUCACAGCGAUCUGCAUCUUCCUCGACGGGGUUACCCCGGCUAAAGAGCGAGACGGGCCUCGUGGCAGUAUCUACGUUGGUGGAGAAGUGCUGGAUCUGCAGUCCAUGCAGAGGCCGGUGCGCGGCAUUACGAAGAACCAUGCGCGAAGGAACACGAUCGUAGGAACGGACGCGAUCCGUUUGUCGCUGGCUGAAGCAUUUAUGGAUGACGGCGAGCCCGGUCUCCCGGGUUUGGUUGACGCUGAGGGCAAGUCUGAGGAAGAGGAGCAGUGGAUCAAGAAGGCUGUUCAGGGCAGCUUUCUGUUCAACCAUCUGAGCGACCAAAAGAUUCACGAGGUGAUUUCCGUACUGAAGAAACUUGAGUCUAAGGCCGGCGAUAUUGUGAUGCGUCAAGGAGUCCCUGGGGACACGUUCUACUUGGUGGAGACGGGCGAAUUUGAAGCUCGUCACCUGAAGGAUGAAAUUCCCGAGCCUUCGCCUGAGAACGAUUCCUCACCGGAAGCGUAUGGUGAUGUGGUUCAGGUGUACAAGGCAACCAACGACUCUCAUCCGACGUUCGGUGAGCUGGCGCUUAUUUACCCGAAGCCUCGCGUCAACACGGUUGUUACAAAGGAGAAGGGAACGCUCUGGGCGCUGGAUCGGAUUGCUUUCCGCUCGAUCUUGAUGCGUGGUCGACCUCUGCGCGAUGUUGUGCGACGUCUACGCCAGAUCAGCCUACUGCGUCCAUUGACUGUGGCGCAGACUAACCUGGUUGCAGAAGAGAUGCGCGCUGUGGUCUUCGAACCGAACCAAGUGGUUUUGCACGAGGGAAUGACGGAGCCGGGCUUCUUUCUGAUCACCAGUGGCCGCAUCGAAUCGACCUCGAAGAUGGACAACGUGGUGCCUCUGGAGCUCAAGACGUUCGACUACUUUGGUGAAAUUGCGCUGGUUCGAAGACGUUCGAUCAGUCAACGUUCCAUUCGUGCUAUUGAGCGCACUGAGUGUCUGUUCAUUCGAAAGGACGCAUUGGAACUGGCUGUGGGCAAACUGCCUUCAAUUUUGGAGAAGGACAAACUGCGUCGUGCACGCAAGACACAGAUCUCGGAGGCACAGAAGGAGGCAAAGCCGAACACUUUCGUCCAGUUCGACAACGAAACGAAGUCCGAGAUGCCCCAGUCUAUCAACGAUCUGGAGGUUGUCGGAAGCGUCAUGUCCGAUCUAACCAACACUGUUCGCUUGGUUGAGGUCAAGGGCUCGUCCCCGUCCGUCUAUUUGACGUUGCGCUCGGUGAGCAAACAGGCGAUCGUGGACGCUGGUAUGCAGAAGCACGUCAGUGGCGAGCGUGACAUCUACGUAUCUCUGUACGAGAAGAACGCUAUUGUGCCGCAGCUCUUCGGAAUGAACUCGAAUGGCUCAGACAUUCACAUGCUGUAUAACACGCAAAUCGUUGGCACUCUGGAGAGCUUCUUGGACGGCGAACCGCACGGCGAGUCGUUCGUACGAUACUACGCCGCGCAAGUUGUGAUGGCGCUCGAGUUCAUGCACUCGGAGGGCGUGGUUUCUCGAACGGUUGACCCCACGAACCUCAUGGUGGACCGCAGUGGAAACCUCCGCAUGAUCAACUUGCGGCUUUCCAAGUACGUCGGUCGUGGCCGGACUUACACUGUGUGUGGAACCCCCGAAUACCUCGCCCCGGAGCAGAUUACUGGCGAAGGCCACAACAUCGCUGCCGAUUACUGGGCACUUGGUGUGCUCAUGUACGAAAUGCUCACCGGUGCAACACCAUUCACCCGGGAGAACGAGAACGACUUGGAGAUCUUGAACGACAUUGCGUCGUUCCGCCCAGACCAACUGCCCUGGCCUGAAAACACUAGCACCGAGCUGAAGGAUAUCAUCGCGAGUCUGUUAAGUCCGGACCCCGCACAGCGUCUCGGAUACUCGGAAAUUCGCGCCGGCGCUUGCGAGCCGAUCAAGAAACACGCUUUCUUCGCUGGCACCUCUUGGGAAGCCAUGAAGAUGGGCUCGUUCUCGGCACCACUCGAGCCGGAGGCUGCAUCAGAAUUCAAGCAGAUCGCAGCGAGUGGAAGUCACGAAGACAUGAACAUCGGUGGCGUCUAUACGGGCGAUGCUGACUGGCUCGCUGGAUUCUAGACUUGUAUAAAUCUCGCCGCUCGUUGAACACUCAAUUACUCAACGUGGGGUAUCAACCUCCAGAAAUUGAAGUAUUUUGUUUUUUUGCGAGCUAAGUAAAAAGGAUUCGACACCUAC